CGCGGCAGACGAUCGAAGUACGGCGAGCGAGGAACCGUGUGUAUUCCGUGAGGAGUUCUAUCGGUAGAUCGGUGCAUACGUGCGUGUACGGACGGGUCCGACGGUGGGGGUAGACCGUCCAUACUUUGUGUGAACAUCCGGCGGGGAAUCCGCACGCGUUCCCGUACAUCCGAAGUUCUGUCGGAGAGCGAGGGAAAAAAUAAAAAAGAGGAAGGGUCUGGCGCCGAAAGAAACACAACUCUUGAGAGACCGGAGAGAAGGUUCUUUGCUGUUCCCCGACAUUCGUAUCUCAGAAAUUCUCGUAUUUAUCGUGUAUCCAGAAGCUUGAAUCGCAACUCGCCCGUACCACUGUAAACGCAUUGUUGUUGUCAUUGUUGCUCCGUUUUUCGUAUCGUUGAUCCCCUCGUGCGUGGCCGAGCGAGAGUCGCACGCAACGGUUGAAAUUUUCGGGUACAAAUAAUAAGGGUGGUGGAAAGAGGUGGAAGGACGUGACAAGCUAUAGAGAGAGAGAGAGAGAGAGAGAGAGAGAGGGAGUGAUAGAAGAACGCAGAGAGGGGGAACCUAUCAGAGAGGAGAGGAGUCAGAAACACGCCGAGCAGUGCUGCUACCUACAGGCGACGUCGAGUCGCGCUCCCCACCCGGGACAGUCGAACGAGGUCCGAAGGCGAGUUCUCGGCGUGUAACUACGGUGAUUUUCCCUUACGAGAGUGUACGGACGAGACCUCGUAGCUCUGCGAACCCGUACCUUGUACCGCGCAUAAACGUAGCCACAGUGCGCUCGAUACCGUGGUAAAUAUCGUCCUAGAUCGUCUCGUCCUUGGACCGCGUGAAGAAUAUACCCUCCCCGUUGGACAAGGAAAUCGAAAAAAACAGCUAAAGGAAGAAGGAGACGGAACGUCAGACUACACACAGUUCAAGAGAGACCGAGAGAGAGAGAGAGAGAGAUCAAGAGACUGUGUGUGUGUGUGAUAGUAAACGUCUGCUCUUUGUACGGACUGGUGCUAUCGUCAACGUCGGUCGGUCGCUCCUCCUGUACAGCAACGAACCGUGCGUGCGUGCGCCGAUCGCGAACGAGAGACGCGUCCCACGCGUGUGUGUCGCGUAUCACCGCCGCCGGUGAAACCAAGAGAAUUCGAACGAGGCAGAGGGUAAAAUAGGAUUUCUCGCGUGGUCGGUCCUCUCCAGAGGCACGCGCGGAGAGGGGUACCGCGAAGGAGCGAGAGAGGGAGACAACGAAAGGAAAGGAAAAAAGGAAGCGAGAGAUUACCCUGCUCUCGACGAAGACAGGAGAGAGGAGAGUGGGCAGAAGAGGAAGCGGGACAGAGCGCGUCGCCGGGCGAGCAACGGAGACGGGUAGUGGUGCACGGAGGCGCGUCUCUGCUGCGCCCUGACGGCCAUUCCUCGAAGCGCAGUUAUCACAAUGGCUUCCGUGAAAGACACAGCGACUUUCUUCGCGGAGGGCACCGCGAGUCAGUUCGAACACGUACUGAAGCUAUAUCCGCAGGCACUCCGACUGAAGGCGGAUCGGAAAACGAAAAAACCCGAGGAGCUGAUCAAGUUGGACAACUGGUAUCAGAAUGAGCUUCCAAAGAAGAUCAAGUCACGUGGCAAGGACGCGCACCUCAAUCACGAGGAGCUGGUGCAAACGAUGAAAUGGAAGCAAAUACGCGGAAAGUUCUAUCCGCAGCUGUCCUACCUGGUCAAAGUGAACACACCCAGGGCCGUGAUGGCUGAGACGAAGAAGGCGUUCAAAAAGCUUCCGAAUCUUGAACAGGCGAUCACCGCUCUCUCGAAUCUGAAAGGCGUCGGCACCACGAUGGCCUCGGCUCUCUUGGCCGCUGCGUCGCCGGAGAACGCGCCGUUCAUGGCGGAUGAAUGCCUAAUGGCGAUACCGGAAAUCGAGGGCAUCGAUUACACCACCAAGGAGUACCUAAACUUCGUCCAGCACAUUCAAAACACCGUCGAAAGGCUGAACAAACAGACGUCGAACGGCAAAACAUGGAGUCCCCACAGGGUGGAGCUGGCGCUCUGGACCCACUACGUCGCGUCCGAGCUGAAGCCCGAGCUGCUGGACGGGAUCCCCGGCGCCACGGAGAACGGGAACUCGCAUCCGCCCAGCAACGGGGAGGCAACGGAACCGUCGGACGACAGUAAUCAGGAUGUGGCGGUGGUGAACGGCAAGGAGCCGGGCAGUAUCGAUCCGGCGGCCAUCGACGAGAACAGCACGACCACGUCGUUCACCGAGGACUCGAUGGACAAACCGGCGACACCGAUCACGGUCGCGGUCGCCAGCGAGGACACAAACGAUUCGCUGGCGACGAACGACAACGAGGACAGCAACAACACACCGCGGCCGACCGACAGCGAGGAGGACACCGAGGACUCGCAGGACGUGCAGGACGCGCAAGAGCCGCCCACCAAGAAGAGCAAGAAGUGACCCACCACUAAUCAGGGUGCCACGAAUACGAGCAACAACGUCACCACCACCGCCCUCGUGUCGGCCGCCAAUCUAACGCUGAUCGCAGCGAGGCGUCUUAGAACAACCGCGCCGCCCAGGAUCACCGACGUAUAUAUAUAUAUAUAUAUAUAUAUAUUAUAUAUAUUCAGGGUCCGUGGACACAGACAGUAGACCCUGUUUAGCUACCAUCGCGCACCAUCACGAUCGUUUCUUGAUAAUUCUCUCCUUCGCCUCCAGCUCUUAUUUUCGUCUCCUCUUCCUCUAUCUCGCUAUGUCUCUCAAUUAACUCCACCAGUCUCUUUAUGCUCUCGGUUCCUCUUCACGGUAUUCACACGAAUAUUCUCUGCACUUUCCUCUCUUUAUUCUCGUACCUCCGUAGGCACUCUUCACCGAGAUAUUUCGUUGUGAAAUAUCAUUAACCUCGUAACACGAUGGGCUUUUAUGCUUUUUUUUUUUUUAUAGAUACAUCGGGCUCGAUUUCUGGCAGAAACAAGGGGUAAAGCUCUCGACUACAACUGAUCUUUUGGAAAAUUGAGAGAUUGUUUCUGUUCUUUUUU